AUGGAAGGCUCCAAUGGCUUUGGGAUCGACUCCAUUCUCUCCCACCGCGCGGGCAGCCCCGCCCUUCCCAAGGGGGACCCCUUGCUUGGGGACUGCCGCUCACCCCUGGAGCUGAGUCCGCGCUCGGAGAGCAGCAGCGACUGCUCUUCACCAGCCUCACCAGGAAGGGACUGUCUGGAGACGGGCACCCCGAGGCCUGGCGGGGCAUCAGGCCCAGGUUUGGACUCCCACCUGCAGCCUGGGCAGCUCUCAGCCCCAGCCCAGUCGCGCACCGUGACCUCCUCCUUUCUGAUCAGGGACAUCCUUGCCGACUGCAAACCACUAGCGGCCUGUGCACCCUACUCUAGCAGCGGGCAGCCGGCCGCCCCUGAGCCUGGGGGCCGUCUUGUGGCCAAGGCUGGGGAGGACUUUAGAGACAAGCUGGACAAAAGUGGCAGUAACACCUCGUCGGACUCUGAGUAUAAAGUGAAGGAGGAGGGCGACCGCGAGAUCUCCAGCUCCCGGGACAGCCCCCCAGUGCGCCUGAAGAAGCCCCGCAAGGCGCGCACGGCCUUCACUGACCAUCAGCUGGCGCAGCUGGAGCGCAGCUUCGAGCGGCAGAAGUACCUGAGCGUGCAGGACCGCAUGGAGCUCGCCGCUUCGCUCAACCUCACCGACACGCAGGUUAAGACCUGGUACCAGAACCGGAGGACUAAAUGGAAGCGACAGACGGCAGUCGGGUUGGAGCUGCUGGCGGAGGCAGGCAAUUACUCAGCGCUCCAGCGGAUGUUCCCGUCGCCUUAUUUCUACCCGCAGAGCCUAGUUUCCAACCUGGAUCCCGGCGCCGCACUGUAUCUGUACCGCGGGCCCAGUGCGCCGCCGCCGGCCCUGCAGAGACCUCUGGUGCCCCGCAUCCUCAUCCACGGACUCCAGGGCGCCAGCGAGCCGCCCCCGCCGCUGCCCCCGCUGGCCGGCGUCCUCCCGCGCGCCGCGCAGCCUCGGUGA